AGGCGGUUGAGCAUCGUGUUCUGGACAGUGCGGGAAGUUUGGAGUGGGGUAUUAGUCAAAUUAAUAAUACAGAAGGGACACAUUUACCUCUGAGACACAUCGAGUAAAGAUGCCCCCUAAACGCACUGCAGCUGGGAAGGGAAAAGGGCCAGCAAAGAGGAAACUGGCAGAGGAAUUUCCUGCAGGGGAGGUCCUGACUGACACUGCAAAGAAACGCUGGAAACUAGGACAGCCCAUUGGCCAAGGUGGCUUUGGGGUGCUGUAUUUGGCAAAUGAAGAUUCCUCUAAACCAGUACAAGAUGAUGCCCCAUAUGUCAUCAAAGUGGAGCCAAGUGACAAUGGACCUCUCUUUUCUGAGCUGAAGUUUUACAUGAGAGCUGCCAAACCUGAUUUAAUUCAGAGCUGGAUAAAGUCUCACAAGUUGAAGUAUUUAGGAGUGCCAAUGUACUGGGGGUCAGGACUUCAUGAGAAAGCAGGAAAAAGGUAUAGAUUCAUGGUCAUGGACCGAUUUGGAACAGACCUGCAGAAAAUAUUUGAGGAAAAUGGCAAAAGAUUUCCUCGAAAACUCGUUCUGCAGCUCGGCCUGAGGCUUCUUGACAUUCUGGAGUACAUCCAUGGACAUGAGUACGUGCAUGCUGACAUCAAAGCCUCAAAUCUUCUCCUUUCUUACAAGACUCCCAAUCAGGUUUACUUAGUAGAUUAUGGACUGGCCUAUAGGUACUCACCAGAAGGUGUACAGAAGGAAUACAAAGAGGACCCAAAGAGAUGUCAUGAUGGUACCAUUGAGUUCACCAGUAUCGAUGCACACAAAGGAGUGUCUCCUUCCAGAAGAGGAGACCUGGAGAUCCUGGGUUACUGUAUGGUCCAGUGGCUCUGUGGGCGUCUUCCCUGGGAGGACAAGCUCCAAGACCCCCUCUAUGUCAGAGAUUCAAAAAUCACGUGCAGAGACAACAUCUCAGGAUUCAUGUUGAAGUGUUUCUCCUCAGGAAAUAAGCCAGAUGAAAUGGUGAAGUUCAUGGAGGAGGUGAAAUUGUUAGGCUACACGGACAAGCCUAACUAUCAGAAGCUGCGCAACAUCCUGCAGGCAGGACUUAAGUCUAUCGGUGUCUCAGACGAUGACAAGCUGGACUUCUCUGUGCCAGUCAAUGGUGCUGCAGCGUCCUCAGUUAAGAAGACAGCAAAACGAAAGAAGGCAGAUGUGAGAGUGGAGUCUGGAGAUGAAACGGACAGUGCUCCUGCAAAGAAAAGUCGAUCCCCAAAGAAAGAACCGAAAGGAGUGAAGAAGAGUUCUCCAAAGAAGAAAAGUGUGGAAAUGGGGACUCAGACCUCCCCGGGUCUGGCACUGAAAAGGGGCAGAGGCAGGCCUAAGAAGAAUGCCUGAAAACACCACCAUGUGCCACCUCUAGUUUCAGCUGCAAUUUCUGUUCAUUAUUUUUUAAAUUCUUUUUUUUUUUGUUGUUCUUUGCAAUAGCCUUUCUGUAACAUAAUAAAUAAUAUCUUUGGAAUCAUACGUACUUUUCUCUCCCAUAACGGCUCAUCUGGAUGUGGGAAGAAGGCCGGUGGGGAUUGCUUUGCGAUGUAGAAAUCUUUUUUCCCCCCCCACUUCUUGUCCCUCGCCAUAUCCUUUCCUUGUUGUUUUGCAUGAAAGCAGUCAUGAGCUCCAAUUUCCACUUCUCUAGGAGAGGCAAGUUGGGCUUUGAUGCCUGCACUGAAGCAGGCAGACAUGUUGCAGGUGCCACUGAGCACGCACCAGGUCUGUGGCUUGUGUUGUAUCUCCUCCAGUAUUUGAUCAAAAGCAGACAAAGAAGCGUUUGGGUCUGUCACAUUUCACCCGAGCGUUCUCCCUGUCGGAAUAUCUGCUAAAGCAAUUCAAUCAUUAAAACUCAAAAGAAAUUGCUGCCACAUUUUCCACAAAUUGCAGUUUUACUGGUUUAGAGUCUUAGAAUCUUUUUUUAUUAUUAUUCUGAUCAUAACCAGUUCAAGAUCAAUAAAUAGUGAGGAAUGUUCCCAAUCAGUGUCGUUUUUCUGCCACUAUUAAAGCAGUAGACCCAAAUUAGCAGAGAUCAGUGAUCUGAAUUUGAAGUGUCAGACUCCAGUUUGUCUGCGUGUUUGACACUGCCGUGAACCGGGCUGACAGCUCGUGCCCAAUUCCUCAGUGUUUCCAAAUUCUGUCCGGGGGAAAAUAAUUAAAACUGAUUUGCAGAACCUAAAUUAACAGACGUAAUUUGUGAAAGCAUUACAAAUUAGAACGGUUUGUCAAACUUUAACAUGUAAAUGUGACAUGGGUGUAUUCAGGGUCAAGAUGAAUAACAUGCAUAAAUCUAAAGGGAGUGGGGGACUACGGCCAUUUUGAAAUGCUUUCAUUUUGUAAAAUGUUGAUGUAUAUUCUUACAGGGUUGUCACACGAAAAUUGUUCUUGCUUGUGUAGUAGAUAUAAGUAUUGGUGGCAUGUUCCUGUUUUGUACUUGUAUCCCAACACUCUGUAUUGUUCAGUA